AUGGCACCGGGUAUUUUCCGCCCGUCUUUGGAUCUCGAAGCUGUCGCUCGGCUGGCACGCGAUUUGCGGAAAAGACCUUGCUCAUGCGAUUCGUCACAAACCCCGCUCAGUGGCAGCUUCAAUUGGGUUUUCAUUAUCUCAUUCGAUGAUGGCGUAAAAUGGAUCUUUCGCACACCACGAAAAGAGUCUUUUGGAACGAGGCUACCGGAGGAGUUGGUGCCAGGCCUGAUUGCGAGUGAGGUGGCAACGAUGAAGUACGUUUCGCAACACAGCACAAUACCCGUGCCAAUCGUUUAUGAUUAUAGCUGCACUACAUCAAACGAUGUUGGGGUCCCUUAUAUUUUAAUGAGCCAAGCCAAGGGCACUUCUCUAGCUUCCUGGUCGUGGCUCAAUGGUCCCCAUCAAUUGCAGAUGAACAACAACCGCGAAACCAUCUCUCUCAAAGCCCAGGAAAAGGUCAUGGCAGAACUCGGGAAAAUAUCUUCCCAGCUACUCCGCUUGCAGUUUGACCAGAUUGGAUCGCUUUUUGAAGAAGACGGACAUUUCGUCACAAAACAUUCACUAAAUCCGGCAUUUUAUUUUCAAGACCGCCAUUCCCUCUCGCAAAUCAAACGCGGACCCUUCCCAAAUGAUGAAAUCUUUUAUCGCUCUUUGCUCGACACAUUUCUAGUACACGUUCAGGAUCUUGAUAUGAGUCACCACUGUUUUAGAGCUCCAGUACCAACUGAGAGCGAAUUUGACAAUCCUGAGACGUAUCGCCGAGCGACAGACCUUUGGAACGACUUUGUGACAAUUGGCUUGAAGAUCGACAGCGGUGAAAACCGCUUCGACUACCUGGCUGCUGGGAAAGCCGUCGAAGAUAUUAUACCAAGUUUGGCCACAACCAAUCAUCCUGAAGUCACUGAAUGCUUCGGAAGCGGUUUUGCAAUUAGCCAUCCUGAUCUUAGUAUCAACAACAUAUUCGUCGAUGAAGACUUCAACAUCACCUGCAUCAUUGAUUGGUCAUUUGCGUCCACGGUCCCUAUCCCCCAGCUUCUUGUAACACCCGGUAUGCCCCAUCCGAGAGAUCAACCAUCAGUUUCAGCAACGGCAUCGUUUAGGACAAGUUUCAUGGAUCAUAUAGGAGUAACAAGCGGCGCCAGCUCUGUGCUCUGGUCAUUAGCGGAGACGAUAUGGCAUUUCAUAAGAUGGGUCAACAUGGACUCACUGUGCGAUUUCCAACACUUUUCUGCUUUAUAUGAUCUAAUAAAAAAUUCCAGCGUUGCUUCUCCUCUGAAGCAUAUUCGAAAUCUGCAACAGAGAUCGGAUAUGGAGCAAGUGAGAAUGGAAUUGGUCUUAGAAGACUUAUCACCAGAACAAAUCAAGAAAGAGGAGCGCAAAUACUUUUCAGCCGUGACUGAUGGCUGGAGAAGAUACAAGACUGCAAAAAAACUCACCGAUCAAUUUCGGCAAAGUGACGAGCUUGUUAUUAGCGCUUCAGUCUGGUCGUCUCUCCAGAAGGCAAAUUCGACUUGGGGUUAA